CCCAAUCUCUCCUCACAGUCCACAGUCCACCGUAAGCUAAAGCCAGCAAGCGCCGACCAUCUUCAUCAAGGCAUGGACAUGACCGGCUCCGAGCAAUGGAGUUCCCCUUCCUUGUCGUCAUCCUCGCACGAGCAAGGGGCGGCGGUGUGGGUGACCCCGCCGAAGCGCCCCGCGGGGAGGACCAAGUUCAAGGAGACGCGCCACCCGGUGUACCGCGGCGUUCGGCGCCGCGGCAACGCCGGCCGAUGGGUGUGCGAGGUGCGCGUGCCCGGCCAGCGCGGCGAGCGGCUCUGGCUCGGUACCUACCUCACCGCCGAGUCUGCCGCGCGUGCGCACGACGCCGCCAUGCUCGGGCUGCUCGGGCACUCGGCCUCCGCCUGCCUCAACUUCGCCGACUCCGCGUCGCGCCUCCGCAUGCCGCAGGCGCUGUCCGAUUUGGCGGCCGUCCGACGCGCGGCCCUCGCCGCCGUCGCGGGCUUCCUGCGCCGUGAGGCCGCCAGCGGUGCUGCCACCGUCCCAGAAGAGGAGGCCAUCUUCAGCGCGUCCGCAGACAAUGCCGACAGCUCGUCGGCGACUGUGCAGCCUUAUGCCGAUGGCGAUGGGACAUUCGAGGUGCCGGCCGCUCUGGGCAGCGACAUGUUCGAGCUGGACAUGUCCGGGGAAAUGGACCUGGGCACGUACUACGCGGACCUCGCGGAGGGACUGCUGCUGGACCCGCCGCCGCCCGAGCACACCAGCGCGUGCUGGGACACCGGAGACGGCGGAGCUGACCCCGCGCUCUGGAGCUACUGAAUACUCUACCCAGCAGCUUUGACCAUGGGAAUGGAACAAAUUAAGCACUGGAGCUGCUCCCGGUCAGCAUAAUAAAAUCUGUUGAACUUAAACGCAUCAAAUCAUAUGACAUGCAUGCAAGCGAUGCAGUUCUAAGCAUCACACAGGAGAAAGAAAAUGACACAUGAGAUGACGAGAGGACAUCACUGCUGGAUGAAUAGUGGACUAGUGACGAUGAUCCCGGACAAACAGACGGACAGCGAGAGGAUUCCAAAAAAAAAAGGGUACUAUCACUUUAUGUGUGGUGACUAUAAGAGCAUCCCCACUCGUUGGCGCUCCCCACGCCCAAAUCCGGCGAAAUUUUUGUCCGGAUUGGAGGAAGAUUUGGCGUGGGGGGCAGUAUAUUUCCAGUCGUGUGCUCCCCAAGCGGCGUUUCUCGGGGAAAAAGAGGACGGCUCGGGGAAUCCGGACGAAAGAGGAGACACGUGGGCGUGGGCGGUUGGUUUAGCUUCAUCCGGAGUCCCCGAGCGCUCCCCGGGGGGCCGGGGAUGGCAUGGGGAGUCCGGACGAAAAUAGGCUCAAAUCCGGAUCAAAACGAGGAACCGGGGGCCUGACUGGGCCGUUUUUCGCCGUCCGGAUGAAAAAAAGUGGCCGUGGGGGCUCUGCGGGGAGACGAGUGGAGAUGCUCUAACUGGCAACCACACGAGAAAGAUCAACGCCUGUUAAUCAGACAGAGGUGGUCCAAGUACGCUAAUUCAGAAGGUGUGGCUUAGGCCCAUCCAGUCUACUGGAUCCUUGGGAUCUUUUCCAGAUUUCAUGUCGAAAUCAUCAUGGCCACGCGAGCUGACGCGGCGAUUCAGUCCAGCUCUGCGCGUCCCAGCUUCCUAAAUCGCGGGGCCACAAGGCGAGAUGGCCAGAGCUAGCUGACGUGCCAGGUACUUUUUUCUUUCUGGAAGAUGACAUGUCAAGUUAGACACUUUAAGAUGUGUGACUAUGGAAAUGAUUACUCUCAAUCAAAAGGAUAUUUUCUGUUAUUGAUUGUGACAUUUUCACCUCUCAAUCAAAGCGGCGGACACUGGAACA